UCUCGGCGGGCGGCGGCCGAGCCAUGGCCACCCGGAGGAGCCUGCGAGGACAGUGGCCGGAGGAGGACCCGCAAGGUCGCAGGAGGUCGCUGCGGUUGGCUAGGCAAAAGGCUGAACCCUUUAAUUAUCAAAGAUCCUUGGCUUAUCAGGCACCUACCAACUCUGCACAGAUGGAUAUUGCAACACCUCGAACCAUUUUUAAGAAGGUCCUACAGACACAACCAAUUGUUUCCCCUCUUGUUUCUGAGAAACCUGAUUCUCCAAAAACAGUUGAUACAACUUUCCAUUUUCCUGUGAAGUUUGAUUCUUCCAUCAAUCUAGAAGUCAGCCUGUCGGACUCCAUUCAGAGAGAGAAGCCUAGGAUUUCACGGCAUCCAACGAGAUCGAAAAAGGUCCGUCUCUCUGAAUUUGAAAGGGGUCUGAACAACCAUCUUCAGUCCAACACAGCUCAAGACAUGCUGGACCAUACAUCUUUGACAAAGUCUCUUCAGAUCUCUUUUACAACCCCAGCACCACUGAACUCCGCUGGGAGAAAAGGCUUGAUCCGUCGUCCCAAAAACUACCGAGGAGUUAAUGUGAAGGAUUUUGAAGGGGGCCUUGAACAAGACUUGCUGCAGAUCAAAGACUCGGCAGGAAACAACCCCGAAGACCAGAAAACUACAACGUUCCAAUCAAACAACACAGAGGCUCUUUCGGUAGAGACAGAACUCUUUCUCCCACCUCAUUCCGAUCAGGAGAAUGAGAUGGAGUCAUCUAAUGUCCUACCAGAACCGGAUUUGGCAAGUAAACCUUUAGGUCGUAGGAGUGCGCCAUCUCUGAGCCAAACACAGGACAAAAUAUCUGACAUGGAAGUUGAAAAAGUGGCUGAAAGCAUCCCCCCGCAAAUCUUGGAACCGGAAAGUGAACCAGAAACUGAAUCCAUGGAAAAGGAUGAGGGUUACCCAGAAGAAAGCCCACAGGAUGCAGGAAAAGGAUUGAGACCCAGUCUGGGAAAGGAGAAGUUAAGUCCAGGCCCCGAAGAUGCCGGCAGCAUAAAAAACGUUUCCCAGAAAGGAAGAUUCACGCCUCAAAAGCAACAGCAAAAGCAUUUUGAAGGAAACAGUCCUGACGAGGAACUCCUCACUCCCACAGAGACUGGCCCGGAUGCAAGAAGACCAUCCACACAAACAGAUGCUCAUCACCUAAGAGCAUCUCAAAGAAAUUUCUCAACUUGGUUGAGUAGAAAAAUUGUCCGGCGUUCAGUGAAUGAGAUGGUGGCACAAAUCACCAAGGAGCUAGAGAACAUCAUCCCAGCAGUUGCAGGACAGGGUAUGGCCAAGGUGGACUCGGAGGAAGAUUCUUCUCUUCGGGAAAUAACUGUUGACAUCUCUCAAAGUCCUAGAGUGGCAACUUCAAGUGGAAGUGCAAGGGGAAAGACUCCCAAGAAGCUGGAGAAGACCCCCUUUAAGGGAAUGAGAGAUAGAACAAAUCCACAAACCGGUGAUAGAAACAGAUCAAAAGAAAUGAAGAAUGUGGAAACUGAACACAUUCUGGAUUUUGAAGCCAAAGACAACCCAGAAGUUGAGAUGUCAGAAUCUGAGGACAUUGCUGUUGAGAUCUCUCAAAGUCCUAGAGUGGCAACUCCAGGUAGACGCGCAAGUGGAAAGACCCCAAAGACGCUGGAGAGAACCUCCUUUAAGGCAAUGAGAGAUAGAACAAAUCCACAAACAGGUGAUAGAAACAGAACAAAAGAAAUGAGGAAUGUGGCAACUGAACAGAUUCUGCAGUUUGAAGCCAAAGGCAACCCGGAAGUGGAGGAGAUGUUAGAAUUUGAGGAUGUUGCUAAUGAGAACUCUCAAAGUCCUAGAGUGGCAACUCCAAGCAGACGCGCAAGUGGAAAGACCCCAAAGACGCUGGAGAGGACCCCCUUCAAGGCAAUGAGAGAUAGAACAAAUCCACAAACAGGUGAUAGAAACAGAACAAAAGAAAUGAGGAAUGUGGCAACUGAACAGAUUCUGCAGUUUGAAGCCAAAGGUAACCCAGAAGUGGAGGAGAUGUCAGAAUUUGAGGAUGUUGCUAUUGAGAUCACUCAAAGUCCUAGAGUGGCAACUCCAAAUAGAUGCGCAAGUAGAAAAACUCCCAAGACGCUGGAGGGAACCUCCUUUAAGGCAAUGAGAGAUAGAACAAAUCCACAAACGGGUGAUAGAAACAGGUCAAAAGAAAUGAAGAAUGCGGAAACUGAACAAAUUUUGGAGUUUGAAGACAAAGACAAACCAGAAGUUGAGGGGAUGUCAGAAUCCGAGGACUUUGCUAAUGAGAUCUCUCAAAGUCCUAGAGUGGCAACUCCAAGUAGACGCGCAAGUGGAAAGACUCCAAAGACGCUGGACAGGACCUCCUUUAAGGCAAUGAGAGAUAGAACACAUCCACGAACAGGUGAUAGAAAAAAAAUGAGGAAAGAACAGAUUCUGCAGUUUGAAGCUGAGGACAACCUAGAAGUCGAGGGGUUAGAAUCUGAAAACGUUGCUAAUGAGAUCUCUCAAAGUCCUAGAGUGGCAACUCCAAGUAGACGCGCAAGUGGAAAGACUCCAAAGACGCUGGACAGGACCUCCUUUAAGGCAAUGAGAGAUAGAACACAUCCACGAACAGGUGAUAGAAAAAAAAUGAGGAAAGAACAGAUUCUGCAGUUUGAAGCUGAGGACAACCUAGAAGUCGAGGGGUUAGAAUCUGAAAACGUUGCUAAUGAGAUCUCUCAAAGUCCUAGAGUGGCAACUCCAAGUAGACGCGCAAGUGGAAAGACUCCAAAGACGCUGGACAGGACCUCCUUUAAGGCAAUGAGAGAUAGAACACAUCCACGAACAGGUGAUAGAAAAAAAAUGAGGAAUGAACAGAUUCUGCAGUUUGAAGCUGAGGACAACCUAGAAGUCGAGGGGUUAGAAUCUGAAAACGUUGCUAUUGAGAUCUCUCAAAGUCCUAGAGUGGCAACUCCAAGUAGACGUGCAAGUAGAAAGACUCCCAAGACACUGGAGAGGACCCCCUUUAAGGCAAUGAGAGAUAAAACACAUCCACAAACAAGUGAUAGAAAAGAAAGGAGGAAUGUGGAAACUGAACAGAUUCUGCAGUUUGAAGCCGAAGACAACCUAGAAAUCGAGAUGUCAGAAUCUGAGGACGUUGCUAAUGAGAACGCUCAAAGUCCUAGAGUGGCAACUCCACAUAGACGCACAAGUGGAAAGACUCCCAAGACGCUGGACUCCUUUAAGGCAAUGAGAGAUAGAACAAAUCCACAAACAGGUGAUAGAAACAGAACAAAAGAAAUGAGGAAUGUGGAACAGAUUUUGGAGUUUCAAACUGAAGACAGCCCAGAAGUUGAGGAUAUGUCAGAAUCUGAGGACGUUGAACCAACUGCCAGAACACCAGCCUUUGUUCGCGCUAAAGCUUUUCACUGUACACCAUUGCUAUCCAGCCCACAUAUUUCAAAAGAGGUGGCUUCUAGGACGCCAGUGAAACAGAAUUUGGUUCAACGGGUUCCCAAGCCAGGUAAGAAAGCCCGCCAGGAAAAACGAGAGCCGUCCCUCCCCAGCAACUUGGUGAAAAAAAUGUUCACCCACUACGUCAAGAUGCCAGUAACCAAAGAGGCGUUGCAAGUUGUGGAUAAGUGUGUCAAUAUCUACUUCAAGCAUCUGAGCAACGACCUGGAAGCCUACGUAAACCAUGCUCGACGGAAGACAGCAGAGGCAGCUGAUCUGGAGCUCCUCAUGAGGCGGCAAGGACUGAUAACAGACAAGAUGCCUCUAAAUGUGCUGGUCGAGCGACACUUACCUUUGGAGUACAGGAAGCUUCUAAUUCCUAUCGCCAUCAGCGGGAACAAAGUGAUCCCUCAGAAUCUGAAGUGAGAAGCUUGGAGGCCCGAGGGCAGAACAUUUCUGGUUUGGAAAUAAGCAGUGGAAGGGAAAAGAUCUCCUAAGGCUCUGGACUAGAACGGAUGAAGAUUUGUCCCUAAGACAAAAUCAUUUACACAGCAUUUAAUUUAAUCGUGGCACCUUCUCAGAAACAAGCAAUGCUGAAUUGUACUUAUUGUGUCUCAGUUACUGCGGUACAGGAGGAGCCUUGAUUUUCUGUCUCUACCAGGGUUGCAAGUUAUAUUUUGUUAAAAAAAAAAAUCUGUAUUACUUUAGAAUAAAACUGUUUUCUCUGUACUCUUGUUCUCAAGCAAGCGAAAACCUGUGGUCCUAUGUCAAUUUUACUAAACCUUUCUUUGUAUUCUGAAGAUAUUAGAACUUUUUGUAAUUUUAGGUAUUUUUCUUCCAUGUUUUAAGAUUAUAAAUAAACAUCCAAACCUAGGUAAAUGCAGUUCUUAAGUAGAGAUUAAUAAAUCAAACUAUGGCAGUGUUUCUCAACCUUGGCAACUUGAAGAUGUCU